AUGGCCACGCUUUUCGGGAUAAUAUCCAUGGCAAGAAUUUUGCUGACUAUUUUAAACUCGGGCCUGGUACUUACAAACCCGCUUCCACGCCCUCCCCCAGCCCUAGUUCCGCGAUUCACAUCACCCUGUCCCGCUGUAAGAAUAAUAUCCGCGCGUGGAACCUCUGAAGAUCCCGGCGAGGGCCGUCUAGCUACUGUUGCCAGUGAUAUCGCCAAGGGACACGAAAACAGCGAACGCGUCCCGCUUGAUUACCCUGCGGAACUUUUUCCGUACUCCCUGUCGCUGCACCAGGGGAUCAGGGCACUCAAGUCCCUCCUAAACACGACUGUGUCGGAGUGUCCGGAUUCGAAAAUUGUGGUUAUGGGGUAUUCGCAAGGGGCACAUGUUAUAGGCAAUACUCUGUGUGGCGGAACCAUUACGAAAGCGAUUGAUACGGUGAUUGGAGAUAAAGUUACUGCCAUUAUCUUCAUGGCUGAUCCACGCCAUGUACCGGGGAAACCGUACGAUGUCGGUACCGCAACCCGGGGUGGCCUUUUCGCACGCCCAGACUCUGAGAGCUGCGAUUACUUCGCACCCCGCCUGCGAGCCUACUGCGACUCAGACGACCUGGUCUGUGAUAGGGGCUUUGACCGUGAGGUACAUCGGGCUGUUGUGGGGAAGUAUCAGGCAGAUGCUGUUGCAUUUGUGAACGGGUUGCUUAAUUGA